GAAAUUUCCGAACUGUACUUCGGAAGGCCAUCGUAGUUAAAGCACUGAGCUGUAUAUGUUUUACCAGCGCGUGGUGAACAAAAGUGCAACAAGCAGGUGCAGGGAGAGAUCAGAUAUGGAAGGUUUUAAACGGUUUUAUUUUCUUGUUUUAUUGGGAAAUAUUUUCUCAUCAGUAGCAUUAGCUACAAAGGGUGUCGUUUCAUUGGAUAGUUUAACGUUUGACAAGGUGAUAAGAAAUCACAAGGUAGUUUUAGUUAAAUUUGACAAGCAAUAUGCUUAUGGAGAGAAAGAGGAAGAGUUUAAAAAGUUUGCUGAGCAAGCUGGGUCACAGUCUGACCUUUUGGUAGCUGAAGUUGGUGUGUCAGAGUAUGGUGAAAAAGAAAACGAAGAUCUUAGAGAACGGUUUGAUGUUAACAAAGAUGACUAUCCUGUUUUCAAGUUGUUUAAGCAAGGACAUACAGAACCAAUUGAAUAUACUCAGAGUGUUACAAGCGAUGAUUUAGCAAGGUUUAUUCGGUCAGAAGGUGGUUUGUGGUUAGGCAAGCCAAAUACUUUAGAAAACUUUGAAAAACUUGCUGCAGAAUUUCUGAAAGCUGGUAAAGAUCAAUAUGAUGGCUUCAUUGCCAAGGCAGAAGAAGCAAUGGCUGCCGUCGAGGAAAAGAACAUGAAAAUGGCAAAGAUUUACGUGAGCACAAUGAAAAAAAUUAAGGAGAAAGGAGUGGAGUUUGUUAGCAGUGAAACUGCCAGAGUCAACAAACUCUUGAAUGAAAAAAUAAGCGACGCCAAGAAAGCAAUGUUUAAAAGUCGUUUGGAUAUCCUGGCAUCAUUCAGUGAAUAUUUGGGUAAAGAAAAAGAAGAGCUCUAAAGUGAAACUUCAGAGUGAAAUCAUUAAUCAUUUUGUAGUUAACAUUUUGCAUCCACCUCCCACUAAUCAAAAUCAUAACACCUGCUUUCCUUUGUGAAUUUGUAGAAAUUUUAAAUAAAAU